UAGGAGGCACAAGGCAAGUCGAAGACUUGAGAAAAAAAAAGAAGGGUCCAACCAAUUGUCCAAUCUUUUCAAUGGCCGAAGUCGCCCCAACUAGUACACAGCUAAACUGCUAAAGGAAUACUCGACUGCAAAAAAAAGAAUGGAGUGCGCGGCAAAGGGGAGGGGUACACGUUGUGUAGGCCCAGCAGUAAGGCGCUGUCCUCGUUGCGAAAUUGUAGCAUAUUGUUCACUCUCUCACCAGAUUUCUCAUUGGAGUGAUCACAAGGAAGAAUGUGAGAGACUAGAGGAACAAAUAAGAGAUUCUGACAUGAUGAACAAAUUUCCUUUCACAUUUUGUGAAGAAGCUACUGUUCAGAUUUUGGAAAAAAAGCAGAGUAGAUGCACAUUUUUGUCAAGGCGGAGCCUUCAUCACAUAGGACUGUGGUCAUGUGAAUGCUCCUGUGGGUUUUCACACAUUGGUCAUAAUUUUCCAGUGCUGAUCAAGUAUUGGAACCUUUCAAGCACAUUGGCCCCUUGUGGCGAUCCCAUAUCUCCACUGUCAAAACAGUUAAGCUGUUGGGAGGAAUACUAUGCAUGGAGGUCCAUCUCUCUAGCUUCACCUGCUGCUUUGCUGCUUCAAUGGCCCCUAACAAUAUACCAUGCACUCCAACUUAAUGCCAGCAGACUGCAGAGUGCAGAUGGUAGCAAAGAUAUCAUCAUUCACUAUCUUGGACCUGAUAAGGAGCUUUUCCAACUUGCUGUCUUUGGGGAACUGCGUGCACUUCUCCCACACAAUAAUGUGCAUAUCGAGUUUGUUGGCCCGGCAAUUCCAGAGUAUAGGGAUGGUGAAAAGAUCAAUAUAAAUAGCUAUUUGCAUUGUGAUGAUAUAGAUUGCAAGUGCAAGUUGUCAAGUGGGACAAGUAGUAAUACUGUUGUGACUUUGCGACUUCAUAAAGGUUUCUAUCAUGACCGCUUCAGGGAUCUAAUGAAGGAUUCCUUCCCACAUCUGAUCAUCGCCCCAAAUGCUGGUGUUGCUGCUUUUCCAACCUGGAUGGAAACAAUUGAGUUGAUCCAUCAACUUAAGACGCCUGCAGUUUUUACCGACUUCUGUGAAGAAGCUGCUCAUCUAGCUGCUCGCUGUCUGAGCAGCAUAACCUGCUGCCAGCUGGCACUUCCUAUUCAGUUAAAUCCGUUCAGGCAACCAAUGGCAGUUGAAGACACGGCAUUGUACCUGCCUUGCUAUUCUAAUUGCUUUCUGUUUGGUAUAUGAACUGGUAGUGUCUUUAAGAGUGAAGCUGGGAAGGAGAGGAACUCUAAUUUGGAAUUAAUAGAUGAAGAGCAAGCACUGUAACGUUGGCAUGUUUGAUUAUGUCAAGGAUUUUGGUAUGGUGUACCGUUUGUCGUGCAAGCUUGUAAGGUUUCUCCCCCUUAUGUCCCAAUCUCGGGCUCGAGAAUUGAAAUGCAGAAAAUGAACACUUGAGCUUCC